AUGAGUGUUUCGCCCGCACACAAGGCAUGCCUACCAAUGUUCACGUUGCAGCACUUCGACGCUCUCCUCAGUGCUUCUGAGGACGAUAAACGGGCAAUUGUACGUGAUUUGGUCGAGGAGCGCCGACUGCCGAAACCUUUCAGAGAUUUUGUCCACUCUUGUAAGGAUCCACGAACGGAAAUUCUGACUGAACAAUACGAAUGCGCUGCACUGGACGAACUAUUAGACAUGCAGGAAAAGUUUGCCGGAAAGUGCCACUUCCGUUUCGACGUGUUUGUUCUACAGAUCAUCAGGAGUAUGUUGAAUGACAAGACGGAAAACGCUGCUAUCGCUAUGAUGAAUACACUGAUGAUCUCUCGUAUAGUAGGUGAGUGUUUUAACAUUACCGUGAUCCAUGUCACAGGAUGGCUGUCCCACAUCGCAGAACAGCGAAAGAUUAAACGCAGAAUAGAGCAUAUAGCGGCCUACGUAGGCCCUACACCAAAACAAAUCACAAAUUAA